CAGCAUUCGAGUCGUAUUAUACCGCAUAUCCCUUUAUAUUGAUAAUGGGUAUAACCCAGCUGAGAACGUACAAGCACGGGUCCCUGGAUCUGCGGGGCAGAGCACUUGCUGUUACGGUUGGAUCAACCAACCCCGUGACCUUCUCCGUUCAUGAGCACUUGAUUUGUCGCACUUCGGACUAUUUCAAAAGAGCUAUGAAGGCCUAUUGGGAGACAUCUACCAGUGGGUCUGUUACUCUCAAGGAAGAAGAUCCAGACGUGUUCGAGGUAUACCUGCAUUGGUUGUACUUUGAGAAACUCCCAGUCCAGAAUGACAGCCCUGGACUGGAAGGCAACACUGAAUACGUGCAGCUCGCAAAAGCAUACGUAUUGGGAGAGAUGCUUCAAGACGUCAACUUCAAGGACGCUGUCCUAGAUGCCAUCUUGAUCAAAUCCCGCUCCAAAGCAUCAGACGGUCAGGAGUGGUUUCCUGUUGGGCCGGCCAUCCGCCACAUAUAUGAAGGGACUCCAGAGUCAUCGCCCGCUCGACGCCUUCUGGUUGAUAUGUAUACUUACCAUGGAUAUGGAGAUUGGCUAACGGAAUGGGCCAAUAAAGACGACCUGCCUAAACAAUUCCUUCUCGAUCUUGCCAUUGCAACCUUGGCAAAGAGACCUCGCCCGGCCGCAUCUCUGGUUUACAACGCAGGGACUUGCGAAUAUCAUGAGCAUCUACCUGAUCCAAACAGCUGCUACAUCAACAGCUUAGCAUCAAGGCGCGGUGAGGCAUGACACAUCGCAUGCUGUGAUGCCUAGUAGAUCAACUGAGUUGUAUGAUUUGAUGGUGCUAGAAUCUGGCAAGAUAAAAGACGGGCUGCGAUUUCUUUGUUGAGGUUGCGGUUGUUGCCUCUCCUAAGCACUACAAUACCGCUUGAGCUGCUGUAAAUUGACAUGAGCUGUGUCUAAAGCUGGCCAUUUUGAGAUGUUACCUAUUGAUAUAGAGCUAGAGUUGGAUCUAGCCUAGGAGCGCGUCUGCGGUUCGUAGAUUUACGAUGUGAAAAUUAUUCCGGUUUCUACUGUA